AUGAUGACGACUGUCCUCUUCAGGUUUGCAAUAAACAUUGGAUGUGGAAAUGAGGAGUCCAAACGAGCGGACAUCGCGGUGCACUUCAAUGUGCGCUUGCCACAGUGCUAUGUUGUGAGAAACACGCGACUACACGACAAAUGGGGAUCUGAGGAGACUACCGCAUAUAGAUUAUUUCCUUUCAAACUAAAUCGACCGUUUACAGUCGAAGUGUUAGUAGACGAGAAAGAAACACUGUGGGCGGUGGACGGUGAACACUACUGUAGCUACACACACAGGAAUCCUUCCCCGCUUAACGCUACGUGGGUUCAAGUGACCGGUAUUAGAGACGCCGUAUUGAAAAUCCAAAAGACUGACUUAUAUCCUACUACUGGACCGCCAAUUUUUGAAAUACCUCUAAGACCUAGUAUCUCCCAUUCGCGAAAUGAAGACGAACCAAUUUGGCGACCCAACGUCAUUGCUAAGUUGUCAAAUGGGAUAACUGAAGGACAUCAAGUUGUUAUUUAUGGAAGACUGCGGCCGACGCUGCACUCGUUCGCGGUGGACCUGCUGGACGUGGCGCGCGAGUGGCCGCGCCCCAACAUCCUGGCGCACGCGAACUUGCGAGCGAGCGCGGAUGCACAGCUCGGCCGCCAGCUGGUGGUGCUGAACGCAUGCUUGGGUGCCUGGGGACCCGAGCGCCGCCAGCGCACCGCGCGCCUUGUGCCCGCCGCGCACACUACGUUGAGGAUAGUCCGAGGAUCAGGCGAAUGGUUAUUUUACGCCGACGAUGUACUAAUUGGUGAGUUGGAGUUUCGUGCGUCCCCGAACGGAGUAAAAGCACUACGGUUACGUGGCGAUCUAUACCCAGAGGAAAUUUUCUUAUGUCCGUCUAGCACGUCCCCUGUUCAAGAAAAGUAG